AUGAAUAAGCAGUUAUUAUCCUGUUCUCUGAAAGGCGGUAGGCAAACCACUACGGUGGUUGCAUCCGUUGCUACAGAUGGUGUUGAUCAGCAGGUGGAAGUGUCAUAUUGUGAUCAGAAAGUUGUUGGUAAUGGAUCGUUUGGUGUGGUAUUCCUAGCGAAGCUGCAAGAUACUAAUGAGUCCGUUGCGAUCAAGAAGGUUCUCCAAGACAAACGAUUUAAGAAUCGGGAACUUCAGAUAAUGCGAAAGCUUUCACAUCCCAACAUAGUUAAACUCAAAUACUUUUUCUAUUCGGGUGGUGAGAAGAAAGAUGAAUUGUAUUUGAAUUUGAUAUUGGAAUAUGUUCCAGAAACUGUGUACAGAGUAGCUCGCCAUUACUCGAAGCAACGACAAUCUAUUCCUUUAAUAUAUGUGAAGUUAUAUAUGUAUCAACUGUUUCGAGCUCUAGCUUAUAUUCACGGAAUCGGAAUUUGUCAUCGAGAUAUCAAGCCACAGAAUCUGCUUAUUGAUCCUGAGUCGGGAAUUCUGAAGCUGUGUGAUUUUGGCUCAGCGAAGUACUUAGUAAAGGGAGAACCAAAUGUGUCAUACAUCUGCUCUCGGUAUUAUCGCGCUCCGGAGCUCAUUUUUGGAGCCACGAAUUACACUAACUCUAUCGAUGUUUGGUCGGCUGGAACGGUAAUGGCAGAGCUUCUGCUUGGGCAGCCUAUCUUUCCAGGAGACUCUGGUGUUGACCAACUUGUCGAAAUUAUAAAGGUUCUCGGUACGCCAACAAAAGAGCAAAUUCAGAGCAUGAACCCUAACUACAAAGAGUUCAAGUUCCCUCAGAUUAAGGCGCAUCCAUGGGCAAAGGUGUUUCGUGCAAGUACACCACAAGAAGCUAUUGAUCUUAUCUCGACAAUUAUCGAGUAUACUCCGAGUGCCCGGCCAACGCCGCAACAAGCGUGUCUACAUGCAUUUUUUGACGAACUGCGAAUGCCUGAUACGAAACUUCCAUCUGGUCGUCCACUACCUCCUUUAGAAAUGGAUGGAGAUGACAAUCGCGCAGGUCAUGCAGGAACUGAUGCUGCUCCGGCGGAGUAA